AUGCGCAUCGUUUUUCUUUUCAUUUCUUUGGCAUUGGCAAGAGAUGUGCCCUUCCGCUACUGGGGCAAGGAUGGAGCGCAGAUGCUUCUGUGUGCCGAUUACGUUGUGCAUGCGCUGAACGGCGUCUGUCGGAAAAGCGACUACCACUGGCGAGACGAUUCGCUCACCAAAUGUCUCUGCGAGAACGAAGACAUAUACAAAAGCAUGGCUGGGUGCUUGGUUGGAGAGCACAUGGACCACCAGCGCCCGGCGCAGCUUUUCGUCAACUACUGCAAGUCGCAGGGCGUUUGGACCAAUCUCUUUUAUUUUUUCGAGGCGUACAACUCGUAUCGAGAAGACGCCCGCAACGCCAAUUCUUCCGGCGCAUUGGAGGCUCCCAUCAAGGUGGACAAGAUAGAGUUGGCUCGCUGGAACGAGGCCUACACCACCUUGUACGCCAACAAAGACCGGUCUUUUGUGUUUGGCAUGGUGCUCUUGUGCUACUGGGGCGCCGUCUUUUUCGCUGCCGCUGUUUUCAACUGGACCACGGCCCUUUUCCCGCAGACAAGACUCUGGUUCAACGGGAGGAAGUCCACUGCCCUCCGGCGCUACUUCACAUUGCCGGCAAUGCGCCAGAGCAAAUUGCUUUCCAAAAAAGUGGGCGUGCUCCAGUUUUUCUCGCCGUCCCGUCUCGAAACCACCAUCUUGGUGGUUUUCUUUUUGUUGACCAUCUGUCUUUUGGCCUCGGGCAUCCACUUCCCCAAGGAAGACUUGCUCCACAACUCGAAGGUGGUAACCAAAAUGCACCACAUUGCCAACCGCUUUGGCAUUUUAGGCAUGCUGCUUGUGCCCUUGGUGGUUUUGCUUGCUGGCCGAAACAACAUACUUCAGUGGAUCACAAGAUGGAACUACGGCACUUUCAUGUUGUACCACCGGUGGAUCGCCCGCGUGUGUGUUUUUUUGAUUGUGAUCCACUCGAUCUUGGCCUGUUUCCGGGCCGGGCUUGCCCAUGUGCUCACUGAGGUUGCAGGGCUGGCUUGGCUCGUUUGCGGAUACUUUGGAACUAUCUGCGGCAUCUUCAUUUGCGCCACGGGCAUCUUGCGAUUCCGCCGGGCCCACUACGAGUUGUUUUAUGUGCUCCACUUGGUGAUGGGCGUCGUGUUUCUCGCCUCGUCGUGGGUCCAUUUAAGCCGCUUGGGCUACCUGUUUUUGCUGACCAUAGCCAUCACCAUUUGGCUUGUGGAUAGAGCCAUUCGUGUGGUCCGCUUGGCCACUUUUGGGUUCCCGGUCGCUACUGUGACAAUGUGUGCCAACGAAACUCUCCGUGUGGUGAUCCCCAAGCCUCGCCAUUGGUAUGCCAUCCCGGGCGGCCACUCUUGGCUUUUUUUCGGCCCCAAGUUCUGGCAGCUGCACCCAUUUACAUGCUACGAGUCUGUCUCGGGCCGCAGCUUGAUCUUUUUGUGCGGAAUCAAGGGCGGAGUCACCGGCCAUGUGGCCCGGUCGCUUGCUUUGGAGCCAGGGAAGUCCAAAACCAUGCGUGUGGCAGUGGAAGGUCCAUAUGGAGAGUCGAUGCCAACCAAAGGCCAUUCAUCGGUUGUAUUUUUGGCUGGCGGAAAUGGAAUUCCGGGCAUCUUUGCUGAGGCGUACGGGAAAGCGCACCGGCACUCUCCUGCAAAGCAGAGAAUCAAGCUCUACUGGUCCAUCCGCCUGGUCAAGCUGUUGUGCUGGUUUGUGGAAGAGUUGGAUGCGCUUGCCAACACCAAAAUCGAAACCACCGUCUGCAUUUCCAACCCACGGUUCGAGGCCGACGACAUUGAGUUUCUUGGUGUCGGCUCAUGGAUGGCCGAAAAGAAACUCGACGACCUGUCGAUGGCACAAGUGCUUUCCCAUCUUCUUUCGCGGCGCUUUCCACACGUUGAAUUUCUCUACGGCCGUGUGAAGGUGGACCAGGUUGUUGAAGAAGAGACUGACCUCUGCAGCCAGAGCGUCGCAUUUAUCAGCUGUGGCCACCCGGGUAUGGUGGACGACCUUCGCAGGGCUGUGGUGAAGAAGAUACCAGAAACUUCAAAGAGAGUGGACUACUUUGAGCAGCUCCAAUCGUGGGCAUAG